AUGACUACACCAGCGUCGAAGGGUAGUAGCACUUUCAAUCCGCGAAAGUAUGAGCGGCCUGGACUGAAGCAGGACGAAAUCGAGGAAAUCAAAGAGGCUUUCGAUCUCUUUGAUACCGAUCAGAGCGGACAGGUAUUUACUUAAGUCUCCAAAUCAAAGAUCAUGGGAGCUAUGUCUAGAUCAAGCGGUCCAAGAUACACUAUGAAAAGUUCAAGUUGCAUCUGGCAAUCGGACAAGUCUAAACUGAUAGUAUAAUGUUGACGGUACUGCAGAUUAUAUCUCGUCCAGCAUGCUGUAGAGUAUUGUAACGCUAACGACCUCAUACCAUACGUACCCGAUACCCAUUACUUAAGUUCCAUACACCAAAAUUUGACGCUGAUGAUUUUUACAGAUCGAUCUGAAGGAGCUGCGGGGAGCGAUGCAGAGUCUAGGUUAUGAAAGCAAAAACGAAACUGUUUUCACGAUGUUGCAGGAAUUAGAUAAAGAUGGGUCUGCGUCGCUUGACUUUGAAGAAUUCCUAGACUUAAUGCGGGGUCGCGACGACGAAGCGGGAGAGCAUCUUCGCGAUGAGAUAUCCAAAGUAUUUGCACUUUUCGACGUCGAAGGGAAAAACUUAUGGUGAAGUUCUCACUUAUCUUCAUAAAAGCUAGAACACUAGUUUCAUCUGUUACUACUAACUUUUAGGCUUAAGCUUAUGAGAUUGAGAUUAAGGUCAGUCUGUUUCUCUUCUUGACGUGAGUCGCACUAGCUGACAAGAUUAUUGUUAUAAGAUUAUGUAGUUUCUGAAGCUUGUAACUCAGAGACCCCUGGUCCAGUGGCACUAUGGCGCUGAUGCUUACACAAAAUAGUCCGCGUAGGACCGAGGUGCUGUUUAUUUCUUCUUCUCUGCGUACUGGGAUAGUCGAGUAGCAAAAGAAUGCAUCCUGACAUUCUUCUUCAUCCAUGCAAAGUGAUCUUCAUUCGCGGUGAAAUAUGUCGAUGUGGCUUGUUCAGGAUUCUUCCCUCCUUUCAUAGCAUGUGAUUACGGUGAAAGACGUGGUUCGGGUAUGCCGGGAACUUGGGGAACGCCUUUCACUUGAGGAGAUAACUGAAAUCGUGAAGCGAGCAAGCAGUGACGAACAAUCCCUUGAAAUUACACUCGAGGACUUCUACAAUGUCACCACGAAAAAAACAUUCCCCUAAUAUGCUACUUUAGGAUAUGCAUCGACGUCAAAAGUAUUAGACGAGCAACUUGAAUUUUUGCAAUCUGUGAUAAAGUGUCUACUCUGCUCUUCAUGAAUGAAACUGGCGUGGAACGGAUCUAGUAGAUCUCAUUUUAUGCAGCAUUGUACUGGCAACAAGAACUUUUCGUGCGGAUCUAAACUGUUGAAUGUGGAAAGAAAUCUGAACGGCAACUUCCUAUGUAUUGUUCUUGAAGCACCGGCUUCCGGAAGCUGGACGUAAUAAAUGUGGUGGGCAUGACUGGCAACAACUGUUCG